AUGGACUCUACAAAUAUACCUAAAGCUGAAGAAUCGUGUGUCGUGUACCCGUGGGAACCUUGUUAUGACAAUGAAAUGCAAAUGAAAGCUUCUUUUGAGGACAACUACCUCGACCAUUUAAGCAAUUUAAAAAUUGAAUCAAAUCCGUCACCAAAUACAUUAACUACUAUAGCUUGUGGUGUUUUACUUAACGUGAAUAAAGGAUUAAUUGAAGAGUUCUGUGAAAGAGGCGUAUCUAUGGUGAUAUUUGAUUUUAAUGGUUUAACAUUUGAACAAAGUCGAAAAAUGGUCUUCGAAAUUCGCCAAGGAGUUUUUAAUUAUAGUCUUAAAAAGAACAACCAAAUACCGUAUUCAAUAACAUUAGUACUCGAUCUUGGAGGAUCUUGCAUCACGACUGGAAGCAUAUUCCAUACAACACCCACACAACGUUUGAUAAAAUUAUCUACGAACGCUCAUGUUUAUGUCACCAAUGACGUCGAAUACAAAUUUAAGUGUACAGAGGACCGUAUUUAUGUAAACAGUGAUUUGAUUCUUCAACUCAAAAUUAACGAUCGGAUCUAUUUAGACUACGGAAAAAUUGAACUGGUCGUGAUCAGAGUCGACGAAGAUGAAGUAUAUUGCAUGAUAAAGCGAGGAGAAUGGUUAGGUUCCGAAAAAACAGUACACAUGCCAAAAAUUCCGAUUGGUUCGACUGCACUUUCUAAAUUGGAUAAGGAAAAAAUUUGUACAGCAAUCCAGCUCAAAGUGGACGUUAUCUUGGUGCCUGGCGUAAGAAAUUCUGUGUUUUUUAACCACGUUCGCAAGUUUGUCGACUCAGAGCGAGGUGGAUACAUCGCCCUGUAUGCAAAAAUUGAUAAUAUUGUCGGACUCGAGAACUUCGAUGAUAUCUUACCAGUUGUGGAUGGUGUCUUCCUAAACCGACCGAACUUAUCCAUGGAGGUCGGUCAUGAUAAGAUAUUUCUGGCCCAGAAGAUUGUCUUAUCCAAAUGCAACGUAGCUGGAAAACCGACCAUCACGUGUGGGGAAUAUCUUAAUUCCAUGGAAAUUAGUUCGGUACCUACAAAUGCCGAAGUAAAUGACCUCAUAAAUACUGUAAUGGAUGGAACCGACUGCAUUUAUCUGGACGUAACAAUGCGUAGUGAAAAUAAAUUACAUUGCAUCCAGUAUGCAUCUUCACUGUGCCGGCAAGGCGAAGCAACCAUAUGGGAACAACAGUUAUUUACCGAACUCAACAAAAAGUCCAAACCAAUAAUCGACCCUGUCCAUGCGAUUAGCAUUGGGUGCGUAGAAGUAUCGUUUAAAUGUCAUGCAGCUGCAAUUAUUGUGAUCAGCACGCCCGGUUUGUCAACUCGUUUAAUCACCAGAUACCGACCUCGAUGUCCUGUAUUAGCGAUCGUCAGGCACGGAAAAUCUGCAAGAAAGUUAUCAGUGUGGCGUAAUGUUAUAGCGUUGCAGUACAUUGAUCCAAUAGAAAAUAUUUGGUCCAGAGAAAUCGAAAAUCGUACAAGGUUUGCCAUGGAUUUUGGAAAAAGAAAAGGGAUAUUGAAUCAGGGAGACUUGGUUUUACACAUGAGUUGCUCUGAACAAAACGUAGGUUUUGCUAACACCAUGAGUCUGUUCUACGUUAAUGCUGGAGACUUCGUUAUCGCGUAA